UUUAGUGUUGAGCUACACAUGAAAGUAGUCUGACCAUCAGUACUAAUGAAUCAUAUUUUCUCCACAGGGUUCAGGAGAAAUCAUCUGAGGAGGUUCACGAUGGUCAUCAAACAGCCUUGAGCUCAAUUUUUGUGAUUCUAGAGGAGCACAUCGUUACUUUUGUGAAGAAUGAGUUGAAGGAGCUCCAGAGGUUUCUGGAUCCAGAGUACUUUGAGAGCUAUGAUGAUGAGUCUCAGGCGAUUAAUGGUGAAGAGGAAGAGCAGAUGAAGAGCAGCAGAAAAGCUUUUCUGAAAAUCGCAAUGCAGUUCAUGAGGAGAAUGAAACAGAAGGAGCUGGCUGACUUCCUCCAAAACCGAACUCUUGGAGCCUUGUGUCACCAUAAACUCAAAUCGAGGCUGAAGAAGAGGUUUCAGUGUGUGUUUGAGGGGAUUGCUAAAGCAGGAAAUCCAGCCCGUCUGAAUCAGAUCUACACAGAGCUUUACAUCACAGAUGGAGGGACUGCAGAGGUCAACAGUGAACAUGAAGUCAGACAGAUUGAAAAAGAAUUCAGGAAACCAGGCAGACCACAAACAAUAAUCAGAUGUCAAGAUAUCUUCAAAGGUCCACCUGGAAGAGAUGUACCAAUCAGAACGGUGAUGACAAAAGGAGUGGCUGGCAUUGGAAAAACUGUUCUAACAAAGAAGUUCACUCUGGACUGGGCUGAAGACAAAGCCAACCAGGACAUACAGUUCCUGUUUCCAUUUUCUUUUAGAGAGCUGAAUGUGCUAAAGGAGAGAAAAUUUAGUUUAGUGGAACUUGUUCAUCACUUCUUUCCUGAAAUCAAAGAAGCAGGAAUCUGCAAGUUUGAAGAGUUCCAGGUUGUAUUAAUCUUUGAUGGUCUGGAUGAAUGUCGUCUUCCUCUGGACUUCCACAACAAUGAGAUCCUGACUGAUGUUACGGAGUCCACCUUAGUGGAUGUGCUUCUGACAAACAUCAUCAGGGGGAAACUGCUUCCCUCUGCUCAGCUCUGGAUAACCACACGACCUGCAGCAGCCAAUCAGAUCCCUCCUGAGUGUGUUGACAUGGUGACGGAGAUCAGAGGGUUCACUGACCCACAGAAGGAUGAGUACUUCAGGAAGAGAUUCAGAGAUGAGGAGGAGGCCAGCAGGAUAGUCUCCCACAUUAAGACAUCACGAAGCCUCCACAUCAUGUGUCACAUUCCAGUCUUCUGCUGGAUCACUGCUACAGUUCUGGAGAAUGUGUUGAAAACCAGAGAGGGAGGAGCGCUGCCCAAGACCCUGACUGAGAUGUACAUUCACUACCUGGUGGUCCAGACCAAAAUGAAGAAGGUCAAAUAUGAUGGUGGAUCUGAGACAGACCCACACUGGAGUCCAGAGAGCAGGAUGAUGAUUGAGUCUUUGUGUAAACUGGCUUUUGAUCAACUGCAGAAAGGCAACAUGAUCUUCUAUGAGUCAGACCUGACAGAGUGUGGCAUUGAUAUCAGAGCUGCCUCAGUCUACUCAGGAGUGUUCACACAGAUAUUUCAAGAGGAGAGAGGCCUGUACCAGGACAAGGUCUUCUGCUUCGUCCAUCUGAGUGUUCAGGAGUUUCUGGCUGCUCUUCAUGUCCAUCUGACAUUCGUCAACACAGGUGUCAAUCUGCUGUCAGAAGAACCAUCAGCUUCUCUUCUGGACACAUCUGAUCCAUUAUCUCUCUACCAGAAUGCAGUGGACAAGGCCUUACAGAGUCCAAACGGACACCUGGAUCUAUUCCUUCGGUUCCUCCUGGGUCUUUCACUUCCGACCAAUCACACUCUUAUACAAGGCCUUCUGGCACAGAGGAAAACAAAUUUUUCAACAACUGACCAAAUAGUUGAAUACAUCAAGUUUAAGUUCUGUGACAUAAUAUGUGCAGACAAAAGCAUCAACUUGUUUCACUGUCUGAUGGAGUUGGAGGACACUUCUCUAAUGGAUGACAUCCAGCGACUCAUGAGAACAGGAAUGCUGUCCACAGAUAAGUUUUGCCCUGCUCAGUGGUCAGCUCUGGCCUUCAUCUUAUUAUCUGCAGACGAAAAUUUGGACAAGUUUGACCUGAAGAAAUACUCUGCUUCAGAUGAGGCUCUGGUGGGUCUGCUGCCAGUGGUCAAGGCCUCCACUAAAGCUGUAUUGAGUUGCUGCAAUCUGUCAGAGAGAAGCUGUAAAGUUCUGGCCUCAGUUCUCAAUUCUGAUUCUUGCACUCUGAGAGAGCUGGACCUGAGUAACAACGACCUGCAGGAUUCAGGAGUGGAGCUACUCUGUGAAGGACUACAGAGUCCUCACUGUACACUGGAAACUCUCAGGCUGUCAGGCUGUCUAAUCACCAAGAGAGGUUGUGCCUCACUGGCCUCAGCUCUAAGUUCCAACCCCUCUCAUCUGAAAGAGUUGGACCUAAGAUACAAUCACCCAGAAGACUUGGGAGUGAGGCGACUUUCUGCUCGACUGGAGGAUCAAAACUGUAGACUGGCCACUCUCAGGAAGGACCACAGGGGAUCUCAAUUUAUGCAACCUGGCCUGAAGAAGUAUGCCUGUGAACUCACACUGGACCCAAACACAGCACACAGAAACCUCAUAUUGUCAGAUCAUAACAGAAAAGUGACAGCAGGGAAAAGAAAGCAGUCAUAUCCUGAUCAUCCAGAGAGGUUUGACUUCUGGAAACAGCUUCUGUGUACAGAUGGCCUGACUGGACGGCGUUACUGGGAGGUUGAGUGGACAGGACAGGUUUAUGUAGGAGUGACUUACAGAGGAAUUGAACGAAAAGGAGCAGAUAACGACUCCUGCAUUGGAAGGAAUGAUCAGUCUUGGAGCCUUAAGUUCUCUGAUGGUGAAUGCUAUGGCCUGCACGAAAAUAACAGAAUUUUCAUCCAAAAAACUCCUUCCAGAAAUGAAAGGGUUGGAGUACAUCUGGACUGGCGUGCUGGCACUCUGUCCUUCUUCAUUGUCUCCUCUGACAAACUGAUCCACCUUCAUACCUUCUACACCACAUUCACUGAGCCAGUCUACCCUGCUUUCAGGAUUAGGACGAAGCCAUUAAACUCAUCAGUGUCACUGUGUUAGAUACAGCAAAGCUUAUUGUUAUUGACACAAUGAACCUGAAAGCAGCUUUGUGGGAAUGAAUUUUACUCAAAUUCAACUGCAGAUAUAUGUAACAUUACAAACUCAUUCAUGUGGAGCGUCAGUCUUAUGUAGUGUCCACUGUCUGGGAGGAAUAAACAAG